CCGCUCUCGGCCCCGCCCCCGCCCCGCCUCGUCCCGUUGCUGCCUCUCUCAGGUAGUGCCUCAGAGCGAAGAUGGCGACGGAAAAACAGAAACAUGAAGGCAGGGUGAAAAUCGGACAUUAUAUUCUCGGAGACACACUAGGAGUGGGAACGUUUGGAAAAGUCAAAGUGGGCCAGCAUGAGUUGACCAAGCACCAGGUGGCAGUGAAGAUUCUGAACCGGCAGAAGAUCCGCAGUCUGGAUGUGGUGGGGAAGAUUCGACGCGAGAUCCAGAACCUCAAACUCUUCCGUCACCCACAUAUAAUCAAACUUUACCAAGUCAUCAGCACCCCAACAGACAUCUUCAUGGUAAUGGAAUAUGUGUCAGGAGGAGAACUCUUUGACUACAUCUGUAAAAAUGGAAAGCUGGACGAAAAGGAGAGCAGGCGUCUGUUCCAGCAGAUCAUCUCAGGGGUGGAUUACUGCCACAGACACAUGGUGGUGCACAGAGAUCUCAAGCCUGAAAACGUCCUGCUGGAUGCACACAUGAAUGCCAAAAUUGCAGACUUUGGCUUGUCAAACAUGAUGUCUGAUGGAGAAUUCUUAAGAACGAGUUGCGGUUCUCCUAAUUAUGCUGCUCCGGAAGUCAUCUCUGGAAGAUUAUAUGCAGGUCCUGAGGUGGACAUCUGGAGCAGUGGCGUAAUCUUGUAUGCUCUGCUCUGUGGGACGCUGCCGUUUGACGACGACCACGUGCCAACACUGUUCAAGAAGAUCUGUGAUGGGAUCUUCUUCACUCCUCCGUACCUGAACCCCUCUGUUAGUAGCCUUCUGACACACAUGCUCCAGGUGGAUCCCAUGAAGAGAGCCACCAUUAAAGAGAUUCGGGAGGAUGAGUGGUUUAAACAAGAUCUCCCCAAGUAUCUGUUCCCAGAAGAUGCUGCAUAUAGCAGUAAUUUGAUUGACGACGAAGCGCUGAAGGAGGUGUGUGAGAAGUUUGAGUGCACUGAGGAGGAGGUGCUCAACUGCUUGUACAGUCGCAAUCACCAGGAUCCUCUUGCUGUGGCCUAUCACUUGAUCAUAGACAACCGCCGCAUUAUGAGUGAGGCCAAAGAUUUCUAUUUGGCCUCCAGCCCCCCGGACAGUUUCCUAGAUGACCUGCCUGCGCACCACACUACAAAGAUUCACCCUGAGAGAGUGCCAUUCUUGGUGACUGAGUCUCAGCCACGUUCUCGACACACGCUGGAUGAGCUUAACCCCCAAAAGUCCAAGCAUCUCGGUGUCCGGCGGGCCAAGUGGCACUUAGGAAUCCGUAGCCAGAGCAGACCGAAUGAUAUCAUGAGUGAGGUCUGUCGUGCUAUGAAGCAGUUGGACUAUGAGUGGAAGGUAGUUAAUCCUUAUUAUUUGCGAGUGCGGAGGAAGAACCCAGUCACUGGAAUACACACAAAGAUGAGCCUCCAGCUCUACCAGGUGGACAGCAGGACCUAUUUACUAGACUUCAGGAGCAUAGAUGAUGACAUGAUAGAAGUAAAAUCAGGGACCGCCACACCUCACCGCUCCGGCUCAGUCGGUAACUACCGGACUACCCUAAAGAACGAGAAAAACGAAUGUGAGGAUGCAGCAAAGGGUGACGCGUCGGCACCCUCAACGCCUCCAGUAUCCAGAGGGAAAGCGGCGGAAGGCUCUCUGGCUUCUUCUCUUACCUCCUCAGUGGAUUCCACAGGGGGAGAGAUCCUCCCCCGCCCUGGAAGUCACACCAUAGAGUUCUUUGAGAUGUGCGCCAACCUCAUCAAACUGCUAGCACGAUAACUUGUGGUUCCUCUGAUGCCUUCUCUCUCUCUCUCCUCUGUCUUCCCUCUCACACUCGCUUCUUUUCUCUUUCUUCUAGAAUACUGUCUACCUCUUGGUCCUCUGAUAUCUGUGUCAUCAUCCACAGCAGUCCUUCUAUCUCUGUUUUCAUUUUAAAGCUUGUCUUUAAAGCAAUAAGCAUGCGGACGGACUCAAGACUCCAUGCAUCCCACUCGCAUGAACAAGCUGAAUGGUCUGUGGCACUACAGUCACCAGGAUGAGCCAUUUAAGAAGAAUGAGAAAAGGUACAAGAAGGAAAAGGAUGGAGGGGUUUUUGUGUGUGUGUACCACAGUUAAGAUGUCAGAAAGAUUACGAAGCCACUUAAUGGUGUCUAAACUCUUUUAGAGAUGGCUUUACAAUUCUUUUCUGGGUUUUAUGGAAAGGAUUUCCUUGCGCAGAGUGAGGCGUAGAGGUGCAUUUAAAUGAGUUAUACACUGAGCUAGCUGUACUGUACACAAUGCUGUUGCAAUUCUUAACGGACCAAGAAAUGUAUAAAGAAAGCCCUUAUGAGGCAUGUGGGACGACAAGUAAGAUAGAAAGCGCUUUUGCACAGUUUUACCUGUAAGUUUUUGUGGACCAGUGUCCAAACUGGUUAUCCCAUUGAAGCGGCCUACUGGCAAGAGGAGGAGCCAUCUUAAAAAGCAGGGCCAAUUUAACAUGGUGGGCACUUUAACACAAAGGGACAACUUGAUACGUCAGCCUUUCUUAAGGAAGAGACCAAUAUGAAACCCGUUUAUCCUGAGGGAGUGCGAUGUCUUUGCCUCUGUUUCAUAGAUUUUUGUUUAUUUGUCACACUUUACCAUUUUUAUUUUCUAUUUGCUCACAUUUUACGUACAUUUGCGUAUAAAGAAUUUAAAUAUGCAUUUGGAUUUAUAUUUAUCAGUGCUUUAAAUGAGGUUGUAGAUUGUAUUAAAAUUGUGAUAUUGGACUGAUGUUUUUUUUUUUUUUUUUUUUUUUUUUUUUUUUUUAAAUAUUGGAUUAUAUUGCUGUAAAUUGUUUUAUUCCAUACACUGCUUUAUCAAAAACUUUUAUUUUUUACUAUUCAUUUAGUUAUUUUACAAAACAGUUGUUGCUUGGUAAAGCAAGAAAUCGAAUGUUUCUGUAUUCCCUCCACUUUUACAAAUUAAGUUUCUGUAGUCACACAGGCCCAGUAUUAAAUCUGAAUUUAGUUUGUGCACACUGAUAGAUCUCCUGAGCAAAUCAUCUAGUCAUGUCUAAUUCCUGUGUUUGCAAAGCCAAUGUCAUAAUCACAAGAUCUGAAGAUAGGAGGGAGCUUCCUACUUGCAUGUGACUUAAUGUGCCUUUGUAUGAGACUGUGUAGUAAAUGAAAUCCUACAUACAUCCACAUAGAAAAGAACCACAAUUAAAUUAUUUUAUGUAGGAGCUUACUGACAGAAGUGAUCCUCUUCUUCAGAUCAGUUUUUUUCAAUUUAUGCUUCACAGGUGAAAAUGAAAACAAUAUGGGUUUUUAAUAGGUUGCUCUUGUUCAUUUGCCUGUCCAGAGCUCCAGCUAUGUUCAAAUUAAAUCCCAAAUUCAAUGCUAAAAAGUUCAAAUAAACAGUUUUAAAUUAAUAAAUGCA